GAAAAGCUUUCUUUAUUGUCCAUUAAACUGGCGAGUUAAGCAGUCCUGUUUUAAACCUCUGAUUAUUGUGGCGGAAUAAAGGUAACACAGUGAAUAUAAAUUAUAUAGACAAGCAUUUUAAAUAUUAAUGAAAGAACAGGGUAUAUGAUGAACAGUACUCUCCAAUCAAUAUAAUGAUGAAUAUGAUGUUAACAGCUUGGAAAGAUAUGUUUUCAUUACAGCAAUAUGCUAUUUCCAGCCUGUAAUUAAGUUAAUGAUGAACUUGUGCACCAGUGUAAUGGAGAACAAAUGGUAUGCAUUUAGGUGAGUGGGUAUAGGAGGGAGAGAGAUGACUUCUGUGUUGAUAGAGCUAAGUACUCGCACCGUACCUGUCAUGUGAUAGGUAUAGUGUAUGUAUUGAUGGUACGACUACUGUAUAUACUGAUACUUUGUUACGGAACGAUCGUGAACUCCUGCAGUGCCUAUAGAUUUGUACUUGGGAUAUAUGAUAAUUUUCAGGGCUUGAUUAUAAAGUGCAGUAAACUGGUAGCCACCUCCUUGCCGCUCCAUGCAUUGGAAGCCCCCAUUUUGAACUUGAGCAAUCGUAAAAUGAGUAGUUCAAACUCCAAUUCCCUUGUGACUUACAGAAACUUAGGAAAGUCGGGUCUUCGCGUUUCAUCAGUCGGACUUGGGACAUGGGUGACAUUUGGUGGACAAGUUACAGAUGAGGUGUCUGAGGAAAUAUUGACGUUGGCGUAUGAAAGCGGAAUAAACUUCUUUGACACUGCUGAAGUUUAUGCUGCAGGAAACAAAAGCGACAACCCAGAUUUACCUCCCUCUGCUUACGAGGCUAUAGAGGAAACUAGCCAAGGAGCAGAAAUUACCUUGGGGAAGAUUCUGAAGAAAAAAGCGUGGAGAAGAUCAAGCUACAUCAUCUCCACCAAACUGUACUGGGGCGGAAAGGCUGAAACAGAGAGGGGGUUAUCCAGGAAACAUAUCAUUGAAGGACUGAAGGGGUCCUUAGAGAGGCUACAAUUGGACUAUGUAGAUAUUGUGUUUGCUAAUAAACCUGAUCCACACACUCCUAUGGAAGAGAUAGUUAGGGCUUUUACAUUUGUAAUCAAUCAAGGCUGGGCAAUGUAUUGGGGAACUUCGAGGUGGUCUCCUACAGAAAUUAUGGAGGCCUACUCGGUGGCUAGACAGUUUAAUCUUAUUCCUGCCAUUGCUGAACAAGCAGAAUAUCACUUAUUUCAACGAGAAAAAGUGGAAGUAGCCAUGCCAGAAUUAUACCACAAAUUAGGUGUUGGCACGAUAAGUUGGUCCCCUUUAUCUGGAGGUGUUCUGACAGGAAAAUAUGACGACGGUGUGCCUAUUUAUUCUAGGGCAGCUCUCAAGGGAUAUGUCUGGUUAAAAGACAAAAUUUUAAGUGAAGAUGGCAGACGCCAACAAGCCAAACUUCGUGAGGCAGCAGUGAUAGCAGAUAGAAUUGGGUGUUCCAUUACACAAUUGGCCAUUGCGUGGUGUUUGAAAAAUGAGAAUGUGAACAGUGUCUUAUUAGGGGCCUCCACAGUAGAUCAGCUGUACACAAACAUUCAGGCAUUACAGUGGGUUCCAAAACUGACUCCAUCAGUUAUGGCUGAGCUGGACAAGAUUCUGGGUAACAAACCAGGAGGAAAGAAAGAUGGAUUUAACAGGUCAUCCAGACGCUCCCUUCAGAGUACUCAACCUAAAACAUAACUCUCUCCUGUGGCUAUUCCACAUUUGUUCUGUCAGACCUGUGGGUAGUAUUCUACAUUGCCCUGUCAAGAAUGCACAAUUUAGAUAUAGUUGUCAUGAUGGUUAGGCCAAAAAUAAAUGUGUAGUGUUCUCAUUCAAGAGGGUAUGUUGGAGAAAGCCUGUUUCAUCCAGUGAUCAUUCGUCUGUUGAUUUGUUAAUCCUCAAUAUUGUUAAAGUUAUGGAUCUUGUUAUUCUUCUCUGCCUUUAAUGAACGAUGGUCGAGAAAUGCAAUUUUGUGGAAAUCAAAGUUAUGUGAUCUCUGCUCAGCUGCCUCAGUAGACGAAACAUUUAGUCAAAAGAACCAAAGACUGUUUUAAUUUUUUUUUUUAAAGAUAUUUUAAGUUAUUUUUUGUUAUUUUAUACAAUGCCAUAUUGUAUUUGCUUAUUCGCUAUAUAUAUAUGAAACCCCAAUACAAAUAAGUAUCCCUGACUUAUCUUGAAUUGUGAAAUAUGAUAAGUGUGUUCUUGUUUCAUUCACUAGAAUGCAUGUACUAGUAUGUCAACAAUUUUAUUAUGAAAUUUAUAAAAGUAUGUAUGAUGUAUUUUGUUUCAUUAUCUUCCAAAUUAUAAAGUCAAAAUGAAAACCAUGCAAGUCCCUAACAUUUAACAAUACCAAAUCUCUCCCCCACCCCACCCCCCAAUGUUAUGAGGACCUGGGACACUUAUUGGGGUGAAUUCAGUAAUAAAGAUACAACAUUCUUUUGCAUUUUUGGUUUUUGUUUGUAAAUGUUAUUCGUUGGACUGAUUUACUCUUGUGCAUUUGAUAUAUGUGUAUUGUAUCAUACAACUGCUAAUAUGUUUUUCAGUAGGGUUAAAUCAAAUUGGUGCCAAAUUAUUCACUAAGUACAAUGUAUCUACUUAUAUUCAAUUAUUUCUCUGUUAUCUCAAAAUCAAAUGGACGAAGGAUUCAAACUGUAUGCAUAUAUUAUUAUGAUUACAUAUUUUGUAUCACAUGAAAGUACGUAUUUUAAAACAUCCAUUUUUGCAUUAAUCUUGAGAGAUAUCAGUGAAACAUUCAUCUGUAUACUGUAAGAGAAGCAAAAAUGUUUGAAAUCUCUUUAUAUUAAAUAUAGCUAGUCAUUAUUUUUUGUGAUAAAUGUUCCCAAAUAUUUUCAUGAAAUGAUCGAAUCUGAAACUUUACAGGUACAAAUUAACAAUGCUGCACUGCAGUUGUAGGAAUAAGAUCAUGUAGAAAUUAAGCUCUAGUAGACAGUUUUGAUGUUUUAUUUUUUGAGGUAGCUUCAUCAUAUGUUAUUGUAAAAUCUUUUUAAAUGUGCAUGAUAUAAUUUUUUUUGCAGGGAAUUUGUUAACUAGGUACAAUAAAAAACAUUAAACUAUUUGAUACUGAAAAAGUAUAUAUUUUGUAUAGUUAAUGAAUUUUUUAUAUUUAAAAGAUGCUGUCAAGAGCAAUAACUCAUAUGCUGGUAUUUAUUGUAUUCUGAUUUAUACAAUGAUUUCCUGGAUAUCCAUCAUUAAUUCAGAUAUAUUUAUAAAGUACCAAUUUUUUAAAAACUGUUUGAAUUUAAAUUUUAGCAUUUUAACCAGUUUUUAUGUACUUUCUAUUAUGCUGUUUAAUGAAAAUAUGCGAUUUUAAAGGUUGAUGUCUGACAUCUUUGAAGAGGUGGCAACAUUUACAUUCUCUUUGGUUAUUGAUUGAAUUAAACAUUUUUUAUGGAAAUUAAUACAGUUUUCUACUUUGAAUACAUAAUGAUGUAAAGUUAAGUGAAAGUGGAGUUACCUUAAUUAUCAAUUACUGAAAUUAUUGUUAGAGAGCAGAAAAUAUUAUUAGUUCAUAAUUAAUAGGAACAUUUUUACUAACAUUGAUUGAUGCAACUGGGUGAAAGUUGAAAACAUGCAUAACUGUGAUAAAGCAUGCACUCGUAUUAGUGCCAAUGACUUGUUAGUUUUUUUAACUUUGACAAAUAAAUGAAUAGAUGACAAACAAAUAAAUGAAUACUUAUCAAGUUGUACAUGCAUAUUCUAGGUUUUAGUUAUAUAAUGAAAUAACUAUUAACGUUAUAUUGGCAGUUGUUGGGUGUAGAAAUGCUCUCACAGCCCCCUGCAAUUUUAUGCUAACUUGUGCGGAUAUGAAUUUAGUGCAUCCCUUUUGUCACUGUAGAAAUUUGAGACAUUUUUAUGCCCAUUGUAUCAUAAUACAAAAAUGAUUUAGAAUCAACAGGAUCUUAUCUUACCAAAUAUUUUGUCUUAUUGCUUUGAAUUUUUAUUACCAUUGCACUGCCAAUUGUGAACAAGUUAUUUUUAAACUAACACAUUGUUCCAAGUCAUUUUAUGUCGCCAUUUCUUCCUCCAUGACAUUCCCAUUUCUGUCACUUUUAUGUUUUAAAGUGUUUAGGGUCCCCGUGUGAAUCAAAAUGACUGAUUUGGUUUGAAUAACAAAAAACUCAAUCUUUUUAUGAUGCAAGAAAUUGAGAUCAAUAGAGAAAGUAUGUGUAUAUUAUUACAUAGACAUGUUUGAUGCAAGACUGUGGAAUAUGCAAUCAAAUAUAGGUCAGUUCAAAAUUAUAUUCAUUUUGUUCUGGUAAAAUCUGGAGUACAAAUAGUCUAUUGCAAUAUUCAAAUUAUGGUAGAUUUUUUUUUCCUUCUGCACAAUGAUGUCACACAAUUAAACCAUACUGUGCACUUUCAUAUGUAUUGUAACAACUUAAUGGUGUAGUUUGUUAAUAGUCUGUCAUUGUAUAUUUAUUGUCUGUGAUAUGAAUUUACAAUUAGAAUGAUAAUGAAUUUCAAUAUGAUAUACUAUAUAUUGCAGACUGUGAAUUCACUAAUUAAUUUUGACUGUUUUUACGGUCCAGAUUUACUAUUUACAGCCUCCAUGAACUCGGGAAAGUAGACUCCUUUAAUGGAUGACCGGUCCUCAAACCUGAAAUAACAUUUUUUGCAUUCCAGAGAUUGUAAAAUUAAGAUGCAAUGGAUGUGCUCUAUCAAACUACUCAAAUUUAACCCCACAAAAAUAUGUUAUUCCACAAAUGUUAUUAGAAAUUUGAAUCCAUUUGGAUAUAUAUAUAUAUGCACAUGCUUGAUUUUUUUAAAAAUUGAUUUCAAUGAAUUGAAACAUUUUCGUUUAAAACAAUUAUUUAAUGUAAGAUUAAGUGAUGAUGUGUUUGGAACUGUACAACCACCUCCAGUCUGUGCACUAGUAUGGUGCCACUACAUCAAUCUGACUAAAGUACAGACCUAUGUUAUAUAUCUGUAUAUAUAAUAUAUAAUAUAGGUCUGUACUUUAGUCAGAUUGCCACUACAUAUCAGUUUUAACUUGUGUCAAUCUUCAUUACUAGUGUAGCCACUUUUUCAUUUUUUUUUAUUGGUUGAUCUUAAAAUAUUUUAAUAAAGUUAUGGUAUAAAA